CGGGGACGACAUCAACAUCACAGCCACAACGUUGACUCACUCAACGACACCAAACGCCUCCAGUCACUGUGCCGGCGAAUGACAGCUGGCUAACAAAAUCAGAUCGAGAACACGGAGAUCCACGAUCUAUGACAUUGAGAAUGCUGGCCCUUUGCACUCGGACAGGUUAAAAACAAACCAGAGGCUGCCUCAGUAGUCUGAGCUUGGAACUGGGCAGAGAAAGUGAUGGGGAAUACUGCGACCAAAUUCCGCAAGGCUCUCAUCAAUGGGGAUGAGGUGCUGGCUUGCCAGUUAUAUGACAGUAACCCACAGUUCAAGGAGGCUCUGGAUCCCAACGCUACAUACGGAGAGCCCUACCAGCACAACACUCCACUCCAUUAUGCUGCCCGGCACGCUAUGACACGGCUACUCAGGUCUUUUCUCUUCAGCAAGGACGGGAACCCCAACAAGCGGAAUGUACACAACGAGACAUCCCUGCACCUCCUCUGCAUGGGCCCCCAGAUCCUGACCUCAGAGGGGGCGCUCCACCCCCGAAUCUCCCGGCCCCACGAGGACGAGCAGCGCCGGGCGGAGUGCCUCCAGAUCAUCUUGUCGUGGACAGGCGCAAAGCUUGACCAGGGCGAGUACGAGAGCGCCGACGUCAAUGCUGCAGACAACAAGAAGAACACCUGCCUGCACUACGCUGCCUCCUCAGGCAUGAAGACCUGUGUGCAGUUCCUUGUGCAGAGGGAUGCGGACCUGUUUGCGGAAAAUGAAAACCGCGAGACCCCAUGUGACUGCGCGGAGAAGCAGCAUCACAAGGAACUGGCCCUGAGCCUGGAGUCCCAGAUGGUCUUCUCCCUGGCCCCCGAAGCAGAGGGCAUUGAAGCAGAGUACGCCGCCCUUGACCGAAGAGAGCUGUAUGAGGGCCUGAGGCCUCAGGAGCUACGUAGGCUAAAGGACAUGCUGAUAGUGGAGACUGCAGACAUGUUACAGGCCCCACUCUUCACUGCAGAGGCGCUCCUACGGGCCCAUGACUGGGACCGAGAGAAACUUCUGGAAGCCUGGAUGAGUAAUGCGGAAGACUGCUGCCAGCGCUCGGGGGUCCACAUGCCCAAUCCACCUCCUAGUGGUUACAACGCUUGGGACACCCUGCCCUCGCCUCGCACGCCCCGCACCACCCGCUCUUCCAUCACCUCUCCAGACCAUAUCAGUCUCACCCCUGCUGAUGACGACUCCACUUUGUGUGGUAUCUGCAUGUGUUCCAUCUCCAUAUUUGAAGAGCCUGUGGACAUGUCCUGCGGCCAUGAGUUCUGCCGAGGUUGCUGGGAAGGGUAUCUAAACUUAAAGAUUCAGGAAGGUGAGGCCCACAACAUAUUUUGCCCAGCCUUCGACUGCUUUCAGUUGGUUCCUGUUGAAAUCAUAGAGGGCGUGGUCUCCAGGGAGAUGGACAGGCGUUAUCUCCAGUUUGACAUCAAGGCAUUUGUGGAGAAUAACUCUGCUAUCCGUUGGUGCCCGCGGGCAGGUUGUGAGAGGGCAGUGCGACUGAAUACCCAGGGUCCUGGGAUCUCCAGCUCUGAUCCCCUCAGCUUUCCACUCCUCAGGGCACCUGCUGUGGACUGUGGAAAGGGACACCUCUUCUGCUGGGAGUGCCAAGGAGAGGCCCACGAGCCUUGUGACUGUGAAACCUGGAAGAUGUGGCUUAAGAAAGUCACCGAGAUGAGACCAGAAGAAUUGGCUGGAGUAAGUGAGGCCUACGAGGAUGCAGCCAACUGCUUGUGGUUGCUCACAAACUCCAAACCCUGCGCCAACUGCAAGUCCCCAAUCCAGAAAAAUGAGGGCUGUAAUCACAUGCAAUGUGCUAAGUGUAAGUAUGACUUCUGCUGGAUCUGUCUGGAGGAGUGGAAGAAACACAGCUCAUCCACAGGUGGCUACUACCGCUGCACCCGCUACGAGGUCAUCCAGCAAGUGGAGGAGCAGUCGAAGGAGAUGACUGUGGAGGCAGAGAAGAAGCAUAAGAGCUUUCAGGAGCUAGACCGUUUUAUGCACUAUUACACACGCUUCAAGAAUCACGAGCACAGCUAUCAGCUGGAGCAGCGCCUGUUGAAAACAGCCAAAGACAAAAUGGAGAAGCUAAGCCAAGCUCUGAGCGGAAGGGAAGGAGGCCCACCUGACACUACGUUUAUUGAAGAUGCAGUCUUAGAGCUGCUUAAGACUCGGCGCAUCCUCAAGUGCUCUUAUCCAUAUGGGUUCUUCCUGGAGCCUAAAAGCACAAAAAAAGAGAUCUAUGAGCUUAUGCAGACGGACCUGGAGAUGGUGACGGAGGACCUUGCACAAAAAGUUAACAGGCCAUACCUACGGACACCACGCCAUAAGAUCAUCCGUGCGGCGUGCUUGGUGCAGCAGAAAAGGCAGGAGUUCCUAGCAUCAGUAGCAAGGGGAGUGGCCCCAAACGAUUCUCCUGAGGCCCCCAGACGCAGUUUCGCUGGCGGAACAUGGGACUGGGAAUAUUUAGGCUUUGCAUCACCCGAGGAGUAUGCAGAGUUCCAGUACAGACGAAGACACAGGCAGAGGAGACGAGGGGACAUGUCAAGUCUUCGUAGUGACACCCCUGAUGAUGACCCCAGCGAGAGCACCCUAGAUACUCAGGAUGUUGAAAGUCGACACAGACGUGGUCCUCCAACGGGUCUUGGCUCUUUGGAUGAUGAUGAUCCUAACAUUUUACUGGCAAUUCAGCUGUCACUCCAAGACUCUGGGAUGGCAGGGAGCGAUGUCAACCAAGACUUCUUUGUCAGUGAGGCGUCCCUCGGUGCUAUUGGUACGUCAUUGCCCUCUCGGCUGGAACAGAGCACACUGAGCGUGGAGGUCCUCUCCAGAGCCUCCCUUAGCAGCUCAGAGCUUAUGGAGCUCGGGGAUAACUUGUCUAGGUUGGGCAACAUCAACAUCACUAGCCAGUACUCUGCUGCUGGUGGCGGCGUUUCCACCUCCGUCCCCUCUCAGCACUGCGACAAUCACCACCGGCCCUAUGCUGGCGCUGUGCCAAUACCCGGUGGCAGCGGCUCAUCAUCAGGUCUCUUUUCCUCCAGUGACACGAUAGACUCGACCACAUUUGGCAGUCAGGAGCCAUCUUCGUCUUCUGCAGCAGCAGCCAACGCUAACUUGCUGGGCAACAUCAUGGCUUGGUUCCAUGACAUGAACCCCCAAGGCAUCACGCUGGUCCCCUCAAUCUCCUCCGACACUGACCUCGAUGUGCUACACCCGGCUGGAGGAGGAGAUGGAGGAAGGUACCUGGAGGAGAAUAAGAAAGGGAGGGUCAUUGUCCAGCCCGACAACAUAAAGUCUCAGGAGGAGGUGGAAGAUGUGAGCCGCUGCCCUCAGAGGCUGACUGACCCAGAGGAGAAGGAGGCUGCCAUCGCUGAGAGGCCCACCCAGUUGGAUCUAGUUGGGUUGGACACUUUGUCGCAACCCUAUAUGGCCACGCUGGAUGCAGGCGGCAAGCACGUUGAGCGGGGUGGUGGAAAGGCCUGCCACGUUGACACCCCACGAUGUGACUCUGUGUCCGACCAGUUGCCUAGCACUAGCUCCUCCGAGUGGGAGGAGCAGGUGCACCUGGUGUGAUUCAACAGGUUGACCAGAGGCAGGGAAAUAUGAACAUUUUUUGUAGGCCAAAAACCACUCUGGAAUGCAAAGUAGACUAGGGUUCAAAUGGCAUGAGUAUAAGAAUAACGAAUGUGUCACAGGCUGGCAGGUAUUCAGUAACAGUAGGAGGUGGUAAGACAGUUCUUAACUGUCAUGCAGAGAGUUAUCCAGUGUGGUUGUUAGCAUAUUGGUCCUCUGUUUAGUCUUGUCAGGCAACAAGAGGCAUGCAUGGCCUCCCUGUUGAGCGACAAGUGGUUAGGCAAUUUAAUUUCUGGAAAGUCAGCACGAAAUGAAAGACGGAUUUGAUUAGAAUGUGAAUGGAUAUUACUUAAAAUGAAUGGUGUGCAGAUAUAAAUAUAAACAUUUCUUUUAUUCUGAAACCUGUUAGGAGGUGUAAAACCUAUAGAAUUUAGCAUAGUGAUUAUGCAGGUCUGGUAAAUUUUUGAUAUAUAUAUUUUCCACUGGAGUUAAAGCCUACUGUAUGUUCGGAUCAGGUUUGACACAGGUGUAUCAACUGUACACAGUGAGCACAGUAAUAUUUUAUCCCAGUAUACAAUUUGUUGAACAGUUUGUAGUCUGAGAAAUACUUCUCAUGCCUGUCCACGUCUGCCUACCCUAUAGGUGCCAAACACUGACUAGCAAAAGCACAGUUUGCUAUCACCAAGUGGAUUUUUCAAAGCAAAUUGUGCCUGCCUUCACUUUUGUAAAACACAAACAAAAAAAUUCAUUGUGAAGGUCUAAGUUGGGAAAAAAGUGUCAUCCUAAAGCUCUAAAAAGUGAUACUUUCAAAAUCCAAAUCUUAUAAAUUUGAUUGUUGUGUAAAUCUGUAGUCAAAAGACCAUCUAGGGGAUGUGUACUUAAAGUUGAUUUACGUAUCACACUCAAGCUCAGUUGUAACUAUUAGGCUGAAAGCAGACUGGCUUGUCAGAAAUGUUUCAGGACAGAUUUUUCAAACAGCUGUUCGGGUUUCAGCUUUUUUUUUUCUCCCAAUGAUGCUGCACUUGUCAUUUGUUUGGAAAUGUCUUGCGAGCUUCAGAAACAAGUACAGUACAGCGAGUGUCAGAACACUCGCUGUACUGUAGUCACAGCGUGGCUGCAGGAUGUGUCCAGUUCACACCCUUGUAACUGCAUAGUAGUAAUCUGUCUUGAAUUAAUGCGUGUUUUAGGACUUGAGCUGAAUAUGGAACAUUUCCAAAAGUCAGACUAAUAGGGAGUGUGCAGCACAGCUUUUUUUAAAUAUAAAAUGGGGAAAAGGCCAGUAGUCGAGAUAAUCAGGCAGUUCAAUUGUGCCAUGUGAAUUACUUUAUCAAGCCUACGUCACUUUUUUGUCACAGGGUCCUUUGAAAUUAUAAGUCAGGCUAAACCUUCAUAGUGCUCUGCCAUUCUCUGGUGUUGCAUUGUAGUAUGUGGAAAAAAAGUGUAUUGCAUCUCAAAAACAUGAGGUGCCAAACAUGUUUGAAAUGGUUCUCUACGCAAUUCAUCACAGUGCCUUUAUGUCAAUCACUGUUAUUUUUCAACACAUUAUUUCCCUGAGUGCUUAUCAAAACAGUGUCUACUAACGGUGUAUACAAAAUCUAACACUUGUUACCUUAAAGUUGUUUCACUCACAUAUUUAGGGUUGUGAGAUUGUCCAAAUGUGAAGUUUUAAGUUUUAAGAAUGUUUUCAGUAUUUGUCCCCCAUCUCAAUAUGUUUAGGCUCCCCUUGAGGCUUGGGCGAUUGGACGAAAAUAUCGGUAAUUGGUGAUUGGCUGAGUCCAAUUAGCGGUUGGAUUCUUUUGGGUGAUUUUUAUUUUAUUUUAAUUUUAUUUUUUGCGCAUGAUUUUUGUCCCUUUAUUUUGCUAAUUUUAAUGGUCUGCCUCGAGAAUUCAACUCGGUAAAUAAUUAACCUGUAAGUGUGCAAAUAGGAACUGCCAGUUGGAGUUGGGCCAUAAUGCAUUUUCCGGUUACACUGAUUUCCUUCUUCUUUCGGCUUGUUCCCUGUUUCCCAGGUGAUCUGAUACACCCCGCCCCCCUUUUUUUUUUAUACACUGAUUUGAUAAGUUCCGUCGGUACCAUGUGUGUGAGGGCGCAGUAACGAUGGCGGUCUUGUCAAUCCGCAUACUGAUUUGGCGAAAUUUUACGUCGGAUGCCAUUCCUGACACAACCGCUAACCCCAUGGAUGGGUUGUGGAUGGAUGUUACACUGAUUUCGUAUGAGUCUGGAAAACAAGGCAGUGACUAAAUGACAACUAAGCCAUCUUUAAUGGUUGCUGUUCGACCGAUUGGUGCUGAAAAGCAACGUGCAUGUGCAGUUGCGCACCCUGGUCAUGUCAUAGCAUAGCUAUGCUAACCCUCCUGUUGGUUCAUGUGGAGGCUGCAAGCAGAGGCGUCUUUCAUCUAUUGCCAUCAGACUUUUCUUUUUUUUUAAAUCGUGUUGGACUGCUGUUUAGCAUGUCUUUGUGGUUUCUUACGUAGCAAAGAUCUCAAGGUGAUUUAUGUUGUUUAAUUGACGAACAGUAGCUGUAACGAUUCAGUAAAAUUGGAUUUUCAUGUUAAUGCUCGUGCAAAUUAGUGGUGUUAAGAAUCUUUUGCCGGCGCUACUCAUUUGCAGAGACGGCAAAUUACUUCAUUUAGGUCCUCCGGUUUACCGGUUGCAUCCGGUUUAAACCCAAAAUAAUCCCAAAUGGGGGGUCAUGUAUUCUUUUUCGCAACGAGCUCUUCCGUGAUUGCGUUUGGUGAAAAUGGCCGAUGUGGGGUCGUGGUGGGGGGGGUUGACAAUCAGCGAUUGUUAGGCCGACGGUGGCCGGUAGGAACCUUUUUACAUAUCGCCCAACCCUACUCCCCUUUCUGGUCCUUAUAUGAAGGGUUUUUUUUUAACGUGUUAAUACAUAACACUGAUUUUAUAUGAUUAUGUAUUGUAUGAUGGUUGUGUCCAAUCUCAUUUUCAGAAAAAAAAAAGUCUUAUUUCUCACAGUUUUGUGCUGUUGGGCAUCUUGAAUUUGCCCCUUUUGAUAGGGAACACAUUGGUUUAUCUGUGGUUUAGAAAUGGAAACGUUAAAAGAAUUCUAACAAGGUUCAGCUUGCUAUGUGUGCACCAUGUAUCUGACACUAAACUGGAGGAUACCCAAAAUAUAAAGUAGCUAUUUGAAAUAAGUGUUAUCCAUUGAAGGGAAUGGAUGAUGAGUAACUGAUUCGAGUUAAACUGUACUGAGUCAUUGUCCACCAUGUAUAUGGAGUAUGGUUGGCAGUUAAUGAUUGUCUGAAUUAUGUUUUUUGUUUUCCCCAGCUUAAUGGCUGACUAUACUGAAGUAAGUUAUGUUUUUAUUUUAGUGGGCUCGUGGAGCAGCGGUAAAUCCAAAUGUAUUGUUUGCUUUCAAAUGCAUCUUUGCAGUAGUGAGACGCUGAGGGCUGUCUGUGUUUUAGUUGGACACCAGUACCGUGAAUGGCUUAAGCUGAGGAGUGUUAAACAAAUGGUCCUUUCUUUUCCUUUACAGUAUGCUGUACAUGAAAUGAGUACAAAUCCACAUGGAAUUUGUAUUUUCCUUUGUAAUUCACUUACAAUGUCCAAGUGAUUUAUUUUAGAAUGGAAAACAUUUUGUAACUCAUGAGAUUUUCUAUUGUAAAGCAACUAAUCCUUGAAAUGCUAUUUGCACUUUCAUAGUCUAUACUUGAUACAUUCCCUCUUUAUAUGAAAGAAAUUGAUGUGUGAUGAUGCCAAUAAACUGAGGUG